UAGGAACCAAAACACUUCUCUCUUCUUUGUAUAUCUCUGAUGGCUUCUCAUAUGUCUACUGUGGGAGAAGUUACCGUCGGUUCACAAUGCCACAAACUUCUAGGCAUGCGUGACUUUACUAGCGCUAGGCAUCUCGUUAAGAUGAAUAAACAGUUAGGCAAAGAUUGGCAAAAACUCGACCAAGUUGAAGCAAUCUGCGACGUGAUCAUCGCCGCAGAGAACCGGCUUCCCAACGGGUUUAUGGAUUACUAUGGAAUGCUUCGGGCGACCCGAUUCGGACCGGUGGUGUUGGAUGAUUUCAGGAGGUUGAUGAAGCUCCUAGAUUGGAGGUGUAAUGGUCUCCCCUCUAGCCAGGAAGCUGCUCAAUAUGCCUACCAAGCCUGGUCGAUGCUUUCGAAGCCCGUCAUGAAGGCCAGAUACGAUCUCGACAUCUCCUCCCCGAUGGUCGGGAUGGUUCAACUAGGGUUUCCUGAAGGCAGUUCCUUUGUCCCCAAGGAACAGAACCCUAAUCAGGAUAUUGGUCGUGGAAAUGACAAUGAAGUGGUGGUUAUUUCUGAUGAUGACGAUGACGAUGAUGGAGAUCAAGACAUGCUAACAAUGGCUCGAACAGCGAAAGUGUUCAAAAUUAAUGGAAAGAGAGUGAAGUUUAUACCAUUGAAGAAGAAGAAAAGAAAGGAUUCUUCAACAAGCAACGUGAGGAAGACCUAG